GUCAAUUACCUGUGGAAUAUCUGGAGAGAUUAAAGCUUAUGAGAUAACCAAAGGUCAAAAAUUGAUGAUCUUAGACGCCUGCGAUGAAUCUUUAUUACAUUCAGAAUUUAUUUCCUCUGAUGGAGAAGAAAGACUGCUUUUAUUCUUUGAAGCCUCUGAAGAUGCAGUUGAAAUAAGGGAUCC